GCGUCCCUGCGUGCGGGAGCCGACAGCUGGAGCUUUACCGAGGUGGACGGUCGUGUGAGCGGCUAUAGAUGGAGCCUCGGGGCCUGCUCGCACUGACAGUGCUGGCCGCAGCAUCAGCGGGAGAGCUGGAGGCGGAUGGCGGCUGGAAGACGGACCACUCCGAGCAGAUGGUUGGCAAAGGGCCCUGCAACGUGGAAGUGAGAGACUCUUUGACCUAUUCUGAAUUUGUUCACAGGUAUGCAUAUUCCAAGCCAGUGAUUAUCCGAGGAAUCACACAGAAUGAGCAAUUCCGGGCUCUCUGUUCGAAGCAAAGUCUCCUGCAGGAGUUUGGAAAUCGGCUGGUGAGACUGAGCACAGCAAACACUUACUCCUAUCAGAAAGUCGAUGUUCCUUUUAAAGAAUAUGUUGAGCACAUGAUGAAGCCUCAAUCUUUGGAUUCUUUGGGUAGUGAUACAUUCUAUUUUUUUGGAGAUAACAAUUUUACAGAGUGGGACUCGCUCUUCAGGACAUAUGUCCAGCCUCCAUACCAGCUACCGGGGACCACAGGAGCUUACAGCUUCGGGAUCGCAGGUGCAGGCACAGGAGUGCCAUUCCACUGGCAUGGAGCAGGAUACUCCGAAGUUAUAUACGGACGAAAGCGCUGGUUUCUUUACCCACCAGAAAAAACACCAGAAUUUCACCCAAACAAGACCACACUCUCAUGGAUGUUCGACACAUACCCAUAUUUAACAGAAGUGGACAAACCCAUGGAGUGCACCAUUCACCCAGGAGAGGUGUUGUAUUUUCCAGAUCGUUGGUGGCAUGCAACCCUUAAUAUCGACACCAGUGUCUUCAUUUCCACAUUUUUAGGAUGAACUCAGAAAAUUCAUAUGUCUCGCCAUUUUCUUUCAGCCCUCCCUGAAUCUACACUGAAUUGAGAGACCAUAAACCUCCUUCCAAAGCAACAGCCCUAAAUGGACAUAACAAUGUGCACAAUUGGAAAAAAGCCAUUGCAGUCCAUCUAGCUGGGAGGUGUUCAUGGCAUCAAUAUGGUUAAGAAGGAGCUUUCCGUGUCCAAAUAUAUCUGAGUCUGUACUCCCCUUCCCCUUUCUUUUUGGGGUGGGUUGGGGUGUAUGGAGGAGAAAGAGUUUGCAAAAAUUUUCCAAUGGUCUUUGUGUUUGGCUCAGGAAUGUUGCUCAGGGUGCUGCUUUGGGACCAGGUCAAGCCCUUUGACCUCAACAGAAUCCAUUAAAAACACUGUUUGAAGCAAAGUCUCUGCAGAUGAACAUAAAGGUGACCAGAGACUCUUAAGAGAUGUCAGCACUAAUAUACACAGAUGGAACUGACUGACUGACUGACUGAAGAAAAUACUAGUCACUAUCAAUAUCAGGUUAUUAUUCCAAUGCAGGAAUCCAAACUGGUAAACCAGAGGUGUCUAACCCAUGAGUAAUUAGUGUUAACUGUGUACAAAGUAACUAAAUGAUUCCCACGGGCAGUAGAAUUGUUGCAGAUAAUAACCUGAAUCUUCCAAGCAGCAGCAAUGCUGUGUGCUUUGUUGCUGUGCAUGAACGUUCUCCCGAAUUAACACAUUUUUUCCAGGAUCUUCCAAUCCCAGCUGUCAAAGAAUUGCAUAGCACAGUGUCCCUGAGGAGCUCUGUCAGGGCAGAGUAGAAUCAGGGGAAGUGAGGACGACACCCCCCCCCCCCCCCCCCCCACUCCUUUUUAUUUUUACAACAUUAGCUGCUAUAUUCGGGGAAGUUUAAAGGUCCAGUCUUUGUGUGGGUGAAGUGGGGAGGUAGGGGUGGAAUAUUGUGGAGUUACCCAGGUUUUAAACUGUCUAACAUUUCCUGGGUAACUAUCCAGUUACAUCAUGUGGAUCUGUCCCAAGUCUCUGACUCUAGCUCAGAGCUGGAGUCAUUCGUAGAGGAUCCUGAGGAGCAGGAGAAUUGCCCAUCGGAAGUUCAAACUUCCCGAGCAAUUCCUACGUCGGUCUGUGUGUCUGGACUUUCGCGGGGUCCUGAUAUGUUUCUUCCAACGUGUGUCUGGUCUCCACUGAUCCAGAGACUGGAUGAUUUGGGUCAUUAUGCUGCCUGCUAAUUUAUGAAUAUUUCCUAGCAGCAUUUCCUUUGACUUUCAGGAAAUGAAAUGCAUUCACUUGCUGUGGAAAUUGUGAACAGGGGCCACCUGGUGGGAUCCAUUAAAACAAGACAUAAAAUAAAAUAUGCCUUCCGUUAGCAAUGAUUAAAUGCAUUAUCCUGAUAAUGUACUUCAACACACAUAGGCCUAGCUGUUCUGUGCUCUCUACCUUUCUUAAUGUUGGGUAACUUGUAUUAUGCCUUUUACUAGAUUAGCAUCAGUGACCUGAGUCUAUUGUAUUUUUCAACUAUGCAAAACUGAUCAUAUUCCAGAAAUGUGCAUUUUGCACACCUCCCAUUCUCAGCAGUAUUCAGGGCAAGCAACUUUGUAAACUACCAAGACAAAAAUUGGACUAACUGGGAGAAACAGUUGUAUUAUACACAGCAAUAUUUUUAUCUGCCAGACAGGUGCCUUAAGUAUUUGUCAAAUCAGUCAUGUUAUUACAGUAAUCUCUGCAGAAAUCAUAUCUAGAUCAGGGAGUAAUUCACCAAUCCUGGGUGCAACUGUAAUUGAAGGGACCACAGCUUAGAGAUAAGACUACGUUGUUCUAGCACCAGUUCUGACCCAAAUCUGCUUUGACACUGCCACAAUGGAGUGAGAAAAAUGUCUGCAUGUCUUGUUCCAGCAAGGAUCAAAAUUAACUAAAAUAAAUGCAAAAUACUAUGGAUGCUGGAAAUUGAAAUAAAACCAGAAAAUGCUGGAAUUACCCAACAAGUGAGGCAGCACCUGUAGAGAGAGAUUCAUGUUUCAGGUCAGACCUUUCUUCAACAUUGCAAUGGUGGUGAGGGUGGGUGGAAGUCACUACGUGUGUGUGUACUUUGUCCACCAUCUAUGAUCCCUGAAAAACCACUUUUGUCCAUUUUGUACAAAUUAAUCUAUGUCAAUGUUUAUUGAUCCUUUAAUUUGUGAUAGGCUAAUUAUUAAUGAAGCUGCAGCGAGAUGUGGAAGUUGUAAGUUCUGCAGCCUUGAUCAAACAGGAGUGAUGUUUAUACGUACAUGAUUAGAUGCAGAAUUUGGGAUCUUUCCAUUCACUUUAUUUUAAUGGCUUUCAAUAAUGUCAAGUGUAGGGUGACUACUUGAUGUACUCCAGAAUUAUUUCACAUAAGGAUAGAUUAUUGAAAAAAAAAGUGUAAACUUUCAAGUUAAAGUAGAAUCACAACA